AUGAACGCUCUCAAGCUGCAGAAGCGCUUUCCGCAGCUGGACCAGGGCGAGAUUUUCGCUCUUCAGGAUGCAUUCCUUAAACUGGACGUGGACGAUCGUGGCUACCUCGACGAAGCUUCCGUAAUCAAAGCGACCCAACAGUCGGAGCGACAGCCGUAUGACGUUGUACGACAGACCUUGAAGGGCGUGGAACUCGACAGUUCCCGGCGCGUCGAGCUCGAGGACUACAUCGAUCUGGUGUCGCGGCUUCGUUCAGGGCCAGCUCCUGGUGCUCAGGGCGGAUCGAGCCCCGCGGCUGUGAUCCAAGGAGCUCAAGCUCAGCCUGGAGCCGGUGCUGGCGGCUCCCGCCAUGUUUCCAAGGGCAGCGUCGGGGGCAGGAUUCAUGUCCAAGGAUCUUCGUCGAACGUCACCCACACGAUCAACGAAGAUGAGCGAACCGAAUUCACGAGACACAUCAAUGCCGUCCUGGCCGGCGAUCCGGACAUUGGAAACCUCUUGCCCUUCCCCACCGACACGUUCGAGAUGUUCGAUAAGUGCAAGGACGGCUUGGUCCUCGCCAAGUUGAUCAACGACAGCGUGCCGGACACCAUCGAUGAGCGUGUUUUGAACAAGGCCGGAAAGAAGAUCAAGGAGCUGAAUGCUUUCCACAUGACCGAGAAUAAUAACAUCGUCAUCAAUUCGGCUAAAGGCAUUGGGUGUUCCGUCGUGAACAUUGGAAGUGGAGAUAUUAUCGAGGUUCGGGAGCAUCUUAUUCUCGGCUUGAUCUGGCAAAUCAUUCGUCGUGGCCUGCUGGGCAAGAUCGACAUCAAGCUGCACCCCGAACUUUACCGACUCUUGGAAGAAGACGAGACUCUGGAGCAGUUUUUGCGCUUGCCGCCGGAGCAGAUCCUGCUCCGUUGGUUCAACUACCACCUUAAGAACGCGAAAUGGGAUAGACGGGUGAACAACUUCUCUACUGAUGUGAAGGAUGGUGAGAACUACACCGUUCUUCUGAACCAACUGGCACCGGAUGCCUGCUCCCGUGGACCUCUUCAGACCAGGGACUUGCUUCAGCGCGCAGAGGAGGUCCUCACAAAUGCAGAGAAGUUGGAUUGUCGAAAGUUCCUGACCCCUACCUCACUGGUCGCUGGAAAUCCUAAGCUUAACCUCGCCUUUGUUGCCAAUUUGUUCAACACGCACCCUGGACUUGAUCCUAUCACCGAAGAGGAGAAGCUCGAAGUCGAAGACUUCGACGCCGAAGGUGAGCGCGAGGCCAGAGUUUUCACCCUCUGGCUUAACUCGUUGGAUGUGCAGCCGGCGGUCAACUCCCUGUUUGAUGACCUGCGCGAUGGAACUGUUUUGCUGCAGGCCUACGACAAGGUUAUCCCCGGCAGUGUUAACUGGAGACACGUGAACAAGCGUCCGGCUUCGGGUGCUGAGCUGAUGCGAUUCAAGGCGGUGGAAAAUACAAAUUAUACCAUCGAACUUGGAAAGCACCACGGCUUCUCUCUGGUGGGUGUACAGGGUGCUGAUAUUACCGACGGCCAGCGGACCCUUACGCUUGGCUUGGUGUGGCAGUUGAUGCGCCGGGAUAUCACCAGAACCCUGUCCGCCCUCGCGCAGCGACUGGGCAAGCGCGAGAUCACGGACGCAGAGAUGAUUCGAUGGGCAAACGAUAUGUCCAAGAGCGGCGGCCAGUCUUCUACGAUCCGCAGCUUCAAGGAUCCGUCCAUUGGAUCCGGCCUGUUCCUCCUGGACGUGCUCAAUGGCAUGAAGAGCAGCUACGUAGACUACGACCUGGUCACUCCUGGCCGCUCCGACGAUGAGGCUUAUGCCAACGCUAAGCUGAGCAUCAGCAUUGCCAGAAAAAUGGGUGCCACCAUCUGGCUGGUGCCCGAGGAUAUAUGCCAAGUACGCUCUCGCCUGGUCACCACCUUCAUCGGUUCUCUUAUGGCCACGCACGAGAAGAUGUAG